AUGAGCCCAGGAGUUUUCAUCCUCCUGGGCCUCCUCAUCCUCAGGGCAGAGCCGAACGUAACACCAGAGGAGGGUGGGGACUCCCAGAAACCGGGGUGGUGUCCACGGGACUUCAUGCGCUGCUUGCGCCUGGAGCCCCCGCUCUGCACCAAUGACUCCAGCUGCCCCGCCGGGCUCAAGUGCUGCCCCUGGGAGUGCCGGCUCCGCUGCAUCCCCCCGGCAGAAGAGAAGCUCGGUGCGUGCCCGGCAGCAGCCCCCGAGGGGCUCGUCGCCCCCUGCUCCUUCCCCUGCCUGGAGGACAAGGACUGCCUGGGAGCGCAGAAGUGCUGCCCGCUGGGCUGCGGCUCUGCCUGCCUGGAGCCGGCGCAGGACCAGCCCAAGCCCAGCGAGGGCCCCACGGUGCAGCCGGGACCGUUCCGGGAGCGGUGCCGAGGCGACGGCGACUGCCCCGACGCGCAGAAAUGCUGCAACAGCAGCUGCGGCCACCGGUGCCUGCCGGGAGUGACGGCCGAGGACACCAGCCCUGCCCCGGUGACUCAAAGGCCACUGCAGCACCGGUGGGGAUGCCUCAAGGACGAGGACUGUCCCCCGUUCCACGUGUGCUGUCACCAGCUGUGCACCAGGCACUGUGGGGCAAACAGCCAAGGGAAGGAUGGAUUCUGCCCAGUCAGUGCCGGGCUGUUCCCCAGUUAUGACUGCAGAGCCUGGUGCCGGCACGAUGGCGAGUGUCCCCGCGAGGAGAAGUGCUGCCUCCGUGGCUGUGACUACGUCUGCCUGCCCCCGUCCCAAGAGAAACCAGGCAUCUGCCCGCUGGCUGAGGAGGCUCCGCUGGCCCCGUGUGGCACCCCCUGCACCAAGGACUGGCAGUGCCCGGCGGCUCAGAAGUGCUGCAGCAGCAGCAGAUGUGGCUACGUGUGCUCGGCCCCCGAACCAGACAAACCCGGAGAGUGCCCAAAGGUGAGGCCACAACACGCGUCGGAGCCGUGCACGGAGAGGGACUCCUGCAGCCACGACAGGGACUGCUCCCGGCAGGAGAAGUGCUGCUUCUCGGGCUGCGCCAUGCGCUGCACCCGCCCUGCCCAAGAGCACCCCGGGGAGUGCCCCCGGGCAGGGCCGUGCUGGGACCUGCGGCGCCGGCGCGGGAGGCAGUGCCUGGAUGACAGCGUCUGCCGGCGACAGGAGAAGUGCUGUGACACCGGCUGCGGCCGCGAGUGCGUGGCCGUGCCCAGAGACAGCGGGGACAAAGCUGAUGGCCGAUGUGUGGAGGAGUGCCAGGCUGAUUCACAGUGUCCCCGGGGGCAGCGGUGCACCAGCAUCGGCUGCGGCCACGUCUGCAUGGACAUCCCUGGAGAGCAGGACACUGUGGCUGUGCCCCAGCCCAGUGCUGAGCGGUGCUCGGAGGAGUGCCAGGCCGACUCACAGUGUCCCUGGGGACAGAGGUGCACCCGCACCUCCUGCGGCCGUGUCUGCGUGGACACUCCUGGAGGUGAGGCACAGGACACCCAGUGUUGUCCCAGGAGGCGUGGGGUGUCUCAGCCAGGUGGUCCAUGGCAGGGUGCUCUGCCCUGCAGGCAGAGCUGGAGUGUGCCCCAUGCCUGGGGGCGGUGGGACCUGCCUGGACCUGUGCAGCCUGGAUGA